UACAAGUUGGCAUCCCUGUUUCAAUGCUGUUCAAAGUGCACUUAAUUUUCUUAUUACUUAUCGGCCAAAAACUCCUAGAAAGAUGCCGCUCAAAGGCAUCAAGGUACUAGAAUUCGUGGGCUUAGCACCAGGACCAUUUUGUGGCAAGAUCCUAACUGAUUUUGGGGCCACCGUCACCCGCAUUGAUAAGGUGAUAGAAAACCCUUUGGAUGUACUGCAGCAGGGAAAACGCACGCUAAGCCUGGAUCUGAAGAACCCAAAAGGUCAGCAACUGGUGCGAAGGCUGGCCAAGAAGUGCGAUGUGCUCAUCGAACCCUUUCGACCGGGAGUAAUGGAGAAACUAAAUCUGGGUCCCACCGACUUGUGCACAGCCAAUCCCCGCCUGAUUUAUGCCCGCCUCACGGGUUUUGGGCAGCAUGGAAGACUGGCACCACGGGCUGGGCACGAUAUCAACUACGCUGCAUUAUCGGGAGUACUCUCCAUGCUGGGCAGGCGCCAUGAAAAAGUCACUUCGCCCAUUAAUCUUCUGGCCGAUUUUGCUGGGGGCAGUGUAAUGUGCGCUCUGGGAAUUUGCCUUGCCCUCUUGGAGCGCCACAACUCGGGAAAAGGUCAAGUGGUAGAUGCCUCGAUGGUCGAGGGAGCUGCCUAUGUGGCCAGUUGGCUGUUUAUGUCCCGGAAUCUGGAUAUUUGGUGGAGGGAUCGGGGUGACAACCUCAUCGAUGGUGGAUCGUACUUUUAUGAUACCUACGAAACCAAAGAUGGUCGCUACAUGUCUGUGGGCGCCUUGGAACCGCAGUUCUUUGAGCUGCUAAAACAGCGUUUGGAACUGCCCGAAGAUGUCUGUCAGUUUGGCGACGAACAUCAGGAUCGGGGAAGGAAACUUCUGACUGAAGCUUUCCUUUCUAAGACCCAAGCUGAAUGGUCGCAAAUAUUUGAGGAUGUGGAUGCCUGUGUCUAUCCCGUUCUGGACUUCCGUGAGGUUCAUAGGCACGAUCACAACGAGGAGAGAAAAUCGUUCGAGGUGAUUGGGGAAAUAGUGGCGCCACGUCCCGCUCCACUCCUAAGCAGAACUCCAGGAAAGUUGCCCAAGGCAACUGAUGAUGCGCAGGUGGAGUGGAUAGACGAAUUAGAUCUUAAGCCUCACGAAUUAAAGGACUUGGUGGAAUCGGGGGUACUUACGUUUCCAGAGAGGGGGGCCAAGCUGUAGGACCUCUCCGCCUGGAUGCCAUCCCAAUAAAACACAUUUCUGGUUGCUCUUGCACUCAAAA